AUGGCGAGUGUAGCAAGUCGAAAUCCAUUCGACCUAUUAGGUGAAAGUGAAGAGGCUGAGUCCGCUGUUAAACAGCAAGAGCCAGCUCCAGCAAAAGAAACACUAAUCGUUAAAAAGGUUGAUAGGUCUCGUGCAAGUCCUAAAGAGGCUAGAAUUCGUCACGAUUAUCCUCAAAGAGGUGGUUUUAAACCUUCUACCUCAAGCAGAAAUGAGGAUACGAGAUCUGCUCCCCGUGAUAGAAAUGUAGGCCCUCGUCUCUCCGGUCGUCGUGAAGAAGGCGGUGGUGGUGCAGGCGGUGAUUAUCCUACAAGGAAUUCACGUGGUGCUCGUCCAAACGAUCGAAAUCGUGGAGGCCGCGGAGGUCGACGUGGUGGACGUGAACAUGAUAGGCAUAGUGGAACGGGCAGAUAUGAUAGUGAAAAGAAAGAAACCCAAGCGUGGGGGGAUGCUGCCACCUCUUAUGAGACAAAUGAAACUCCUGCGUGGGAAAAUGCUACUACAACCGAAACUUCUAGUUGGGAUAAUACCAAUACGACCGAAACAUCAACUUGGAAAGAGACGACCGAAACUACCGAGUCUUCUGGUUGGAAUGCGACAUCUGAUGCUGAUGCCAAUGCUGGUGGUGGUUGGGGAGAAGAUAAAACCGAAGAAAAAACUGGCUGGGAUGCCGAUAAAACUGGAAAUGAUUCUAAUGCUUGGGUACAACAACCUGAAAUCGAGGAAGUUACGAUUGAUCAAGGAGAGAAUACUGCCGCCGUUGAAUCUACUCCAGUUCAUGAGCCCGAGGAAGUCGUAAAGACUUUUGAUGAAUACCUUGCCGAAAAGGCCUUAAAAUCUUUAGAUAUUUCACUUCCCGAAGCUAGAAAACCCAAUGAGGGAACCGAUGAUUCUCAGUGGAAAGAUGCUAUUCCCCUUGAAAAAGAAGACGAAGAAGAUUUCCUUUUUACCGGAAAAGUUAGAGCAAUCUUAUCGUCUCAAGACAGUCAUCGCGAUUAUGAUAAUGACAAUCGUGAUAACCGUCGUCGCGGUGGCGGGCGUAGUGGAUUCGUCAACAUUGAUGAUCAAAGAGCUUUUCCAAGUCUUGAUCGUCUGAAGAUGCCCCAAAAAACUGACAGUGUCGGCACGUCACAUGCAAACAACCUUAUAGUCAAUGGCAAACAAAUGUUUAACGGUAAUGUGACUAGUCCAGAACCCAUAAAUAGCCCUCAACAACAGAACAAAACAAUUGUUGAAUCAACAAAUUCGCGACGAUUAUCCUCAGCUACAGAUCGUACGGUGGGAAUGGUCUCAAAUCCCAGUCGAAGCAAUUCCCGACAAACCAAAAAUGCUACUUCAAAAGUUGACGACCCAGUUGGUAAUUUUCGUUUGUCUAUUGACGAAUCUGUAAUUUCAGCAUUGUUGGACUGCGCCUAUGCUGACGUUAAACAUGAAGUGUUGGGCUACUUGGGUGGUUCAUGUGAUGUAGAUCGUUCUGAAAACACUAUUGUUUGUCGUGUUAGUCAAUUUGUAGCAUCAGAGAGAAUUGUCACUUCAUUAUUGACUGAUGAAGUGCAAGAAAUGAUUAACUCACGUGAAAACGCCAUUAAAAUUUUUACCGAUAAUAAUUUAGAAUUUGUUGGGUGGUAUCGAAGCAAUUUUCAAUCAAAUUCAAAUUCAAUUCCUACUCAAUCUGAUAUCAUAAAGAAUACAGCGAUACAGUCUGAGUUCCCAAAUAGUGCAGGAUUUAUUAUAAACAUAUCAACCACAUCUUGCCCUUCAAUCGGUUCAAAGGGGAUAGGCAUAAACGGACUAGUCAAUUCAAUAAGCGUUUUUAGAACUUUUGAAUCGUCUAGUAUGAAUGGUGAUAUUAAUAAUUCGGUACCAUUAGUUAAUAGAACGAAAACUGGUAAAAUAUGGAAGGGCAAAGGAAAAGCGAAUUUGAAGGCGAACAAGGUUUCCUUUAAUGUAAAUCGUCAAAUGUAUAUUUGUCCGAAUGUUAUGCAACAAUUAAGCUGCGCAUUGAUGACAAUUCUUCGAGAAACAAGACAGACUUAUGCCGGACAAGUUUUAGAGUGUGAGAAUAGGAAUGGUCAACGAAUAUUCGUUGAUUCACAGUAUGAAUCUUUUUUAAUGAAUUUCCUAAGGAAAAGUGUCCUACAGUUUGAUAGAUCAAUAGAUCAAGAUUUUAGGACGCUUGCCUUGGCCAAACUUCAUAUUAAAUCAUUAAUAUCAAAGCGCGUUAAUGAUACUCUGGCGAUUUUACAGAAAAAUACAGAUACCAACGACAACGAAAAGCUUUCAAAACGACGGAAACUUGAUAAAUUAAUUGAAAAGUUGGUCACCCAACGUAUGGAUAAACGCGAAAAGGAAAUGAGAAAAUUGGAGAAUGGAGAUGAUGUAGUUCUAUGGCUUAAUUCAAAAUCACAAAAUGAUGGGAAAACUGUGGAUGAGGGUUCUACAUUUAAUAACUCUGCAUUGUCAAAGUUGGAACAAUCACAGAAAACGUCGGUUCAUAAUAAAUCUGUUAUUGAAAGUUCUGAAGUAUUGACCUCUUCCAUUUCCAACCAUUUGGAACAGAAAAUCAUGUCGACAUUUAAAAAAGAAUCUUCUAUACUGCCUCAACCAAAUAACACUAAAUUGAAAAAUAAUAAAGUGAAAGAGAAUGUUGAACCGGAUCAUGAUGUGGUUGUAAUUGAAUCUGAUUCGGAAAUCAGCGUCGGAAAAUCUGAAGGAAAGCCAUCAAAAUCACUUUUGAGAAAGCCCAGUCUGGAUUCAUCUCAGCUUAACCCAAUUUCAAAAAGACUUAAACCUUCAGAAUCAAGUCUCCCUAAUGUAUAUUAUAUUGAAUCUGAGUCCGGGGAUUCUAAAUCGAUAUUUGGUUCCAAUCAUGUUCAAGUAAAUGGAACUUCGUCUUCCCUUCAAUCAAAAGGCCUACAAAUAUCACCGCUCCUAUCAAAAUCUUCAACUUAUCCUCCUUCCUCACCUAUGCCAAAUUCACCACCAUCAAAUAUAGCAAUUUCUAAUAAUAAUCCCACAGGGCCUAAUGGAAUUCAAUAUUCACAAAUUAAUUAUCAAUAUCAAAAUAAUUCAACUAAUGAAUUUCUACCCUUUCGUAAUGGGCCCGAAGAAUUGAAUGCAACUAUUCGCUCACCUACAUCUCCUAAUGAUAACAAGACCGUUAAUACUUCUCAAAGUUCUGGAAUACAUUUACCAAGUAUUCAAGGGUUAUUGGAGAUUUCAAGUCUCGCAAGUAUUCAACCAACGUCACCGAACUCUUUACCUAUAGUGGUAGUAGAUCCGAGCUCUACCAUCGUUCAGCCUUCUUCUUUCCCUACUCCUCCUCUUUUACCAUCAUUUCAACAUAGUCAUUAUUAUUCAUAUAGUCAACAGCAAGCAAUGUCAAGGACAACAUCGCCACCGAAUACAUCACCAAUACAGCAUCAUUUACUUUCCAUUAAUAAUAAUACAUCUACUGUAUCAACCUCAACCAAUUCAAGACAUUACAUCCCUAUUGCUCCAUCGCCAAUUUCAACAACGACAGGAGGAAGGAAUCGGCCACCGCAGACUUUACAAACAUCCACUUCUACAUCUAUUUAUGCCAACAAUACAACAAAUCAUUUAACAUUUCCUGCAACAGAAUCAGAUUAUCAAUGGCAAUUAUGA